UCAUUUUUUUCAGAAAAUGUCCGGAUUAAAGAUGUUGUUGCCGAGGAUGAGAGGAUUAGUUAGCGCUCAUAAACCUCUCGUUCUACCUUCUAAAUCCUUACAUCAGGAGCCCAACAUGAACCUGAUUCCUAUUGUGAUAGAACAGACAGGCAGAGGAGAAAGAUCUUACGAUAUAUAUUCAAGACUUCUUAAGGAUCGAAUAAUUUGUUUGAUGGGUCCUGUCAACGAUUAUGCUUCAAGUAUAGUAGUUGCUCAACUUCUUUUCCUGCAGUCAGAGAGCUCUAAGAAACCUAUACAUAUGUAUAUAAACUCUCCUGGUGGAAGUGUAACUGCAGGGCUGGCAAUAUACGACACAAUGCAGUAUGUUCUACCUCCUAUAUCUACCUGGUGUGUAGGUCAAGCCUGUAGUAUGGGUAGUCUACUCCUAGCUGCAGGAACACAUGGCAUGAGACAUUCUCUUCCCAAUUCUAGAAUUAUGGUUCAUCAGCCCAGUGGAGGAGCACAGGGGCAGGCCACUGAUAUUCUAAUACAAGCCGAAGAGAUUACAAAUCUGAAGAGACAGUUAAACAAUAUUUAUGUAAAACAUACAGGACAAACCUACGAUAUGAUUGAAUCUUCAUUAGAACGAGACAAAUUCAUGAAUCCUCAGCAAGCCUUAGAGUUUGGUCUUAUAGAUAAAAUUUUGGAGCACCCGCCUAAGGGUGGAGAGGAGAUAGAGAGGAAAUGAAAGGGCUGAAAUGUGUGCACAGUAUACUGUCAAUUUUUUCUUGUAUGUAUACUGAACAGUGUAUUGUAUUUUCUAUGUACCAUGUACACUAAAUUGUAUGAUAAACAUGUUAUGUUGAUUUGUUUGUAUACUACGAAAUAAACGCCGUUCUAUUACG